AUGAUUGGUGAUUUUUGGACAACUACUGCAAAUAUGUAUAACACUUUAUUUCAUAAACCAAAAAUGUCAUAGAAAUUACUCGAAAAACCUCCAUUCAAAUACAUCUUUGACAUAAUUAUGGAAACUAUGAAAUAAACUGGUAAUUAUUUUACAUUUAAAUAAGGUUAUGCAUAAGGACUUUUUUCAAAUGAAGAAUUGGAUGGAAAUUGGUAUGAUAAUAAAGAUAAGAAGAUGUUUUUCUUACAAAAAAUAAUUGAAUUGACAUCUUUAGUGUUAAAUGAAGAAAUUGUUGCAAGGCCUAUAAAAAUUGUUUCAGGUUAAGAACCAUAAAACACAAAUUUAUUAUUGUAAGCAAUUUAUAGAGCAGCUAUGAGUGGAACUAAUAGUGUUUAUUAUGUGGAACAAGUAAAUUGAUAUUUAAUAUUUAGAUUUUAGCAGCAAUCGGAGCAGGCCCUUAAAUAUUUGAAUAAGCUCAUGCAUAAACUAUAAAACAAGAAAUAAUAGAUUCAAACUAAUCUAAAAUAAUAGAAUUGAAAGAAAUCAUAUUUUAAUAAUAAUAAAUAAUAUAAGCAUUAAAAAACGACCUAGAACUUAAAGAUACAAAAAUUUUUAAUCUAGAACAAUAAAUUUUGACAAUCAAAAAUGAAGUAAAAUAAAUUAAUAUUCCUGAUACUUGA